CUGCCUGCAGAUAUGCAUAUCGCCGCAGAAGGCCAGUCAGUACGCAUUCUCGGAGCAUGGGUGGGAAACAAAAUCGACCUCACCACACCAUGGGAACCAGUCGUUUCCGCGAUACGGACAAACCUUACGCGAUGGGGGAAACGUAACCCCACAAUGUACGGAAGGAAACUUAUCCUUGGCCUGGAACUUGGCGGGCGCACUCAAUUUCUCACAAAAGCAAUAACUAUGCCUGCCUCGAUAGAGAAAGAACUCGAACGCGAAGCCAAAUCUUUCAUCUGGAAAGGGGCAGCGCACCCGACCGUCAACAAAGAGACCCUGCAACUGCCCGUUGCGGAGGGUGGCCUC